AUGCCUCUGCGGCGAAAUAAAGGACAACCCGUAGACAUUGACUUCACGUUACGGCGCGUGUUUGGGAAAAAGGCAUUUCGGCCUCUGCAGCGGGAAGUCAUUGAGGCUGCCAUCGAGGGCCAUGAUGUGUUCCUUCAAGCUGCUACAUCCUUCGGGAAGAGUUUAUGUUUUCAGUUACCUGCCAUUGUUGGCCAUGGGGUCACGGUUGUUGUUUCGCCACUUCUCGCGUUGAUGGUGGAUCAAGUUUCUGCCCUGGAAGCUAACGGCAUUCCUGUUGCAACGAUAAAUUCUACAACUUCUCUUACCAAACGGCGGGAAAUUGUGAAAGAUCUUCUUUCAGGGCAUCCCAUUACACGACUUCUAUACGUAACCCCGGAAUUCUGUCAGACCGAUUCCUUCCGUCGGCACCUUCAAACAGUUCACCUACAAGGCGAGCUUGCUCGAAUCGCAAUUGAUGAGGCGCAUUGUGUCAGUGAAUGGGGACAUGACUUCCGCCCAGCUUAUAAGGAGCUAUCGUGGUUCAGGAGAGAAUUACGCAGGCCAUUUGUUCCGAUCACUGCCCUUACAGCGACUGCUACGGCACGUGUUCGAUCAGAUAUCAUAUCCUUGCUAGGAUUAGACCCCAUGACUCUAAAGAAAUUUAGUACAGGAUCAGCACGGCCUAAUAUCCAUUAUGAAGUCCGUUACCUUCCAGAUUGCUCGAUGGACCCUACAGUCCCUGACACGGAUCAACUGAAUGAUCUUCUCUGCUGGCUGAGCUCAAUUCAUAACCGUCGUAUUGCGCGGCUAUUACCUCCCGAAAAUGAGAAUUGCGCUGGCCAGAGUAUAUCCGCCGUCACACCUCUCCUGCCGCCCAUCACAGGAAUUAUAUAUGUUCCCCUAAGGGCCAUCUGCAGCGAACUUGCUAACAGCCUAUCAGCGUCACCACUCAAUAUUAAAGCUGUCGCCUAUCAUGCGGGGCUCUCAGCUUCUGAGCGAUCCAAAAUUCAAUCACUAUGGAGCUCGCCAAGUAAGAUAUCCACAUCAGUCACGGAGAAGUCAGGAGAGAAGACCAACCCACCCGCAUUUUACAUCGUUGUCGCCACCAACGCCUUUGGAAUGGGAAUCGAUAACCCUCACGUACGUUUCGUCAUACAUUGGACGCCACCCCGCAGUUUUGAAGGAUUUGUCCAAGAAUCUGGCCGCGCAGGGCGUGACGGCCGGGCAGCCGUAUCUCUCAUAUAUUACAGUCCCCAGGAACGCGACCGCGUAUUGGAUCGUAUGACACGCGAUCAAGAUUGGCAUUUCGAUGCGACUCUGCAGGGGGGCAAUCCGGCAAGUAAAAAACGUAGGCACACGGAGUCAAGCAUCGCUGCCAAAAUGCGCAAUCAGGAAGCACUCCUCGAAAGCUUUAAAAGGGUCGUUAAAUACUGCGAAACAACCUCGCGGUGCAGACAUGAAGUGAUUCGCGAAUUUUUCGGCGAGCGCGAUCUGCAAGUCGACUCACGAAUCGGGCAACCGACGCAGGUCCAUAUUGACACUUCUAUAUCGUCAACAUGUGAUUUUGCCUGUGACUUCUGCAAGGAGGGUCAUGAGGCAUUGACACGCCGGAAAAAAAUGAGUGGUGUUCCUGAAAACUCCUUUGAGAAUCAUGCUGAGGAUUUCUUGCCAGUGACUAUGCAAGUUGGGGAUUUCAUGGGAUUUCGUGCCGCUAGCCUGAUAGAUAUUUAUAAGCGAUAA